AUGGUCUCUACGAACAAUAUUAAAUAUUCUCUAAUUGGCAACAGGAGUGAAAGGAGGAGGAACUCCAGGACAAAGAAUACGAGCAGUGAGGAGCUGGAAGAUGUUCACACCGACCGGUCGCUGGGUGGGAAGAUCCCAAGGUCCCACAUAUACGAAGACAAGCCACCUAUACCUUCCAUUCCGCCUCACUAUGAACUAGAGGCACGCGGUGGCCCCACUGUGGCCCCGAAAGCCCUCUAUAAGGCAGCACCCACGUCAGAAGAGUUCGAAGGAGGAGGAGGAGGAGGGAAGGAAGGAAGGACGACGGAAAGAAGCAACGGGUUGAGCGACGCCAUAGCCAACCGAUCGUCUGUCUGUCGCUCCGUACUGGCAGGGCAAAAGGGGCCCCGCCGACCGGGCCGGGCGCAAUGCGAAUCUCAGCGCCGAGCAGACAGCCUCGGCUGGCUGGCCGGGCCAGCUUUGCCAACGUGCUGCGGGCGAUCGAUCCAUCGUUUCUUGCAGUGCAGUUUCAAAGAUUCGGGGAAGGAAGGAAGAAAGGCAAUGUCGGGCGAUAGUCGGAUACCACACAUGCAGCCCCGAGGCCAACGAGAAGCAGGACGGCAGGUGACGAGGAAAUUCGCCAUAAUCUCCGAGCAGGAGGAUUAG